AGCUAUGCUUUUGGUGAUAAAAAAAGUUAUACGGCUUAUCUGAAAGACUACAUGAAAAAAUUAGUAGCUAAAUUGGAAGAAAAGGCACCAGAUCAAGUAGAUGUUUUUAAAACAAACAUGAAUAAAGUAAUGAAAGAUAUUUUGGGAAGGUUUAAGGAUUUGCAGUUCUUUACAGGAGAAUCUAUGGAUGUUGAUGGGAUGGUAGCUCUUUUAGAAUAUCGUGAAAUUGAUGGUGAAUCUGUCCCUGUAUUGAUGUUUUUUAAACAUGGAUUAGAAGAAGAAAAAUUCUAGAACAUUUUUAAAAUU